CAACCCUGCACAAAAUAAUGCGCAAUAAUAUUGAACAAAGCACCCCACUAGCCCACAGAACAGAAGAUUCCGUGGAACAAUGUGAGACAUCCCACUAGUGGGCCCAGUCCCAAGCGUCCUCUCGCAGCAGGCGACAUAAAGGACUCCUCCCCGCAACAUAACAUCAUUCAUGACCCAUCUGGCUCAAACAGACCCUUUCGAGCUGGAAUAGCGACUUCAAGCAGCGCAAGGGGUGGCGGGAAUUAUCACGCUCUUCGUUGCUACUCCCUUUUUACAUUUCGAGCUCACACCGCUCAUCCACCAGUGGACCGAGAGAAAAGCCGAACUUCCUUAUCGUAGGCGGGCUGCGCAGGGUUGAUGGACGGAACGCCAGCUCAGUGAGAAUCCUCGGGCCCGUCUUCACGCUUAGUGUUUUCGCAGGAAUGCACACCAUAUUAUUCCACCCCACGAGAAAGAAGCCUCAUUGGGGCUUCAUUACUCUUCAACUCGAAGUCCGAUCGGAUAGGAAGCUUCAUGAAGAGGAGCUGGAUUGCCUUUCUUCCAACAUUUCGCUAUGGAUCUUACUAAAUGCUCUGUCUCCGCUUCUUUUAUUGUUUUCAAUAGCUUUAUUACUGCUGGGCCACAUGUAUAGUCUUCCGACGAGACCUGUUGAACAGCAUGUUGUUAUUGCUCAACACAGUCAAGCGCGUAGCCUCAACGCCCGUAUCAAGCUCAAAUUCACCUUAAGCUUCGUCACGAGGACUUCUGGUGGUUGGUUUACCCUACUUUAUAUUUUUUUCACAUAUCUGCCAACUCUCUUGCGAGGUGCACUCCCGCAUUCGACUACUUGUAUGCUGGUCCUUCCGUCAUCGCUGAGAUGUAGCGUACUGCAGCACCCCUCCAUUAAAUAGGCUUUUCAGAAAUCGAACACCGACCACACUUUUCGUAAGUCAGCCAUCGUGCGCGCUCUAUGGUGUCAUAACAAAUGUCCAGGAUGCUUGGAUGCGAGCUCCCACUCAAACAUUCGAGUAAUCACGCUCACCCAACUCGCACUCAGCUAUUCAUAAUGAUAACUCAUCAGUUUCGUGAUAAGCACGGAACAUGUGUCGUGCCUGGAGCUUAGAGGCAGAUUUAUCGUGUGAUUUGCAUUGAUUUCGUCGUAAUCACCUGUUUCGUUCAUCUCCAUCGUCAAAACCCAUCGUCGUGUGUAGGAACACCUUAACUCCACCUUAAAAAAUAAAUAAAUAAAAUUCGUGUGGUUUACAGCACCAAGUGUUCGUGCCGCAU